AUGCCUUCUAAAUCAAGGUCGGUAAUCUUUGUGCUCCUGACGCUUGCGUUAAUUUUUCAAAUCUUUCCAACGAUAUCAAUUCCUGUGGUUGAUAGAAUCUAUCUUUCCACGUACAAUGGGCGCAAGUUCGGCGUUUUUGGAUGGUGCACAGCAAAAAGCUCGGAAUGUACGUCGCCGCGUAUCGGGUAUGAAAUUUUACCACUAAAUGGAACUACCGAAGUUGCCAGCUUAUUUCUGCCUUCUCGAGCGAAACGCUCAAUUUCGAAAUUACUGAUAGUCCAUCCUAUCUCACUAUUUUUCACUUUUGUCUUGUGGACACUGGCGUUAGCUUUGAACAUGCAUAACUUUGGUCAGUCACGCAAAAUACUUGCAGGAGCUGUGUUGUGGUCGCUGCUCACUGUUCUUUUAUCGCUUCUAAGUUUUCUGGUUGAUAUUCUGUUGUUUGUGCCGUACCUCGCUUGGCCUGGUUGGCUCGUUCUGGUUAGUACUGUGUUUAUCGCAGUUGCUUCCUCCAUGAUGUGCAUCAUUCGAAGGGCUGUCUCGCUAAGAAAAUACGAGAAGCUGCGCAAUAGAGACAAUGUCGAGUUGGUUCCCCUACGCUUCAGCAACGUGAAUAGCAACUCCUCAAAGCCAACAGCUUCUGAAGGCGUGAGUGAUACCCAAGAAUCAGCCGCGUGGCAGCAUGUGGCGCCAGACCAGCCGGAGUUGGUGCAUAGGGCUGUGUAA